CCAUCCACUUCCAACCAGUCAACCGGUUCGAUCCAUCGAUCAAGAUGCUGUCCACCUUUUCUCGAACGGCACUGCAGCGCCGACUGCUGAUAGUACGUGGCUUGGCAGUCAAUGCGCUGGAGGAAUCCUUGGAAAAGGCGGCCACAGAUCCGAAUCAUCGACCCCAAUUCUUUCGGGAUUUGAUGGACUCGUCGAUCUACGUGGUAAACUCGGUGGAUGAUGUUGCAGCCGAAUCUUCUUCUCAGCAGCAGCAGGGUGGUGGGCUCUAUUUGCAACAGUGGCAGGUCGAUCCUCCAUCAGGCAGCAGCAGCAAUACUCCACCCAAGGUGAUUCUGCCCUUCUUUUCGUCCCUGGAAAAUCUCCGUCAAGCAUGUCAAGAUGACCAGGCAAAACACGCCAAAUUGGAGUGUCGCAACUUUUUGGAGCUUGUCAAGGAAUAUCGGUCUGCUAUUGUGCUGAAUCCAGGAUUGCCUUAUGGGAAACAGUUCUUCCCACAAGAAAUUGCCGGUUUGUUGGAUGGAUCUCUGCUAGCACCACCACCAGCAGCAGCAUCCCAAGAAACCAUCCCCACUGGCACCAAGCUCAUCAUGGGACAGCCAAAGGAAUAUCCCGUAGCAUUGACAGAAGCUCUAAAAUCUACUUUUCACAACAACACUGCGGUGCAAGCAGCCUACUUGGCCCAAGUCUAUGUCCCCGACUCGGGAGAGCCACCCAAUGUGUACAUUGGCAUGGAGCUUAUUCGUGGUGCCCAAGAUGAUGCCACCUUUCAGUCUGUGCUACAAGAUGCCAUUCGAGUCCAGCAAGAGACAUGCCCCGAUGAGAUUGUAGACUUUGUACAAGUGGCAAAAGACUCGGAAGAUACAGUGGUAGAAUAUCUACGAGACAAGACAACGCCAUUCUAUAGUAGAAGUAGUCCAUAAAUUCUAAGGUUUGAUGGAAUC